AUGGCCAGCAACGGAAAUGUCGAAAAGGAAUUGAAUGGAGUCGAGUCAGAAAAUGAAGACCAUGAUGGUUGCAGCUCCACCGAGGAGUAUCGUCAACGUCUCCAAGAGGCCAAGGAUCAUCGUGCACAUACUCUAGUCGCUGGUGAUAAAAAGCUCCCAUUCAUCGAGUGUCUCUAUGACGCUGGGGGUGGUGCUAUUCCUCAAAACGUCAACCAACCUCUAAAAGCUCAUCAGCUUUAUAUGGACUUCGAGAUGUUUGAUGACAAUGCUCCAACUAGAGCGCGAAUCGAGCCAACAACAUACGCUGAAGUCACGAGCAAAUGGACGUCGUCGAUUCGAUUUGUUCCGAAGAUGUGUGUGCAACAAUGGAGAGGACCUACAAUUUUUCCGUUUUUUUUCAAAAACUUCCAAGUCUUCCCAAAGCCAAGAUGCAAUCGGAAUUUACACGACAUCAGCUUAAGUCCAAUUGGACGAUCUGGAAGUCUUCCAGUGGAUCGCCCUCUCUUCGUGAGGACUUCGACGCCAAUGAGACCAACACUAUCCGUAACAGGAUCAGUGGACUCCCUUCCGUCGAGUUCGGCACAAUCAAUUCCGAAACGGCCAAGGACUCAUUUGUCGGUGACACAGGUACUAUACCCAGCAGCAGCUCUCGGAGCACCGCUGAUGUCUCCAGCGAUGCCAACGGCAACUUUUGUCAACUGUGGAGAUAGUCAGGCUUCGCAAAGUGGAGCACAGGGGCAGAAGAUCAAAAAGGAGGAUUGGAGAGAAAUGGAGAUGUCGAUCUAUGAGAGCGGCGGCGAUGAGACGUCGUUUAGAGAAGUGGCAGAGGAGAAGGACAUCUGCCAAGAAAUGGCUCAAGCAGCUUUCGAAGAAAUCCUCCACAACAAGAGACAGGGGGAAUCCCAGUAUCGUUUUCAACUAGACAGAUCCCUCGAGGCCUGUCCAUCAGAUGCCCUGCCGAUCGUCUUCAUUCCACGCAAAGCAGAGCUGGUACUAAAAUACCAGGAUCUUGAUGACAAUUUUCUGAAGAGACUGGAAAAAGGAGUCGAGCAAACGAAUUUUGAUUAUGGAAACCAAACUGUGGAGUCAAAGUUGAUGAUCACCCAAUUGGAGAUCGUUGCCAAGAAAUAUGAAGCUUUGAAAAAAGAAGUUGAGGAUGAAAAGAAGAACCAAGCCCAGCCAGUGAACAAGGAUAAUGAAAAGUUGGUGUUCGUUCUAGAAAAGCUGGUCCACCAAUUGGAAACUUCGAAUCAAAGCUUGAAAAACGUCAUCGAUUCUUGCUACGAAACGAUUUGCUCGAACACGUUCGAAGUGUCAAGACUCGGAGAAGUUCAAAGAGAACAAGCCGGAGAACUCGCCAAACUGCAGAAAACGAUCGAAGGAUAUGAGUUUGAUGCCACCGUUUCAUGA